AUGAAAAAGACUAAAUGGGAAGCCCCAAGUCCCUCAUGGCACAAAUUAAACUUUGAUGGAGCGAUUCACAAUACUUGGCAAGCUGGAGGUGGUGUUAUAAAAGACCAUCAGGGAAAACUUAUUGCCACCUACAUUGGAAGCUUGAGGGACCAUACUGUCAACCAAGCUGAGGGAAUGAAGUUUUCCAUUUCUAUAGGUAUCAGACAACUUGAAAUUGAAGGUGAUUCUAAACUAAUUAUGGAGGCUGUCAGUGGAAGAAGUGUUGCGGGGUGGAAGGUGGAAGUGAUAUUGAGGGAUGUUAGAAUUCUCUUGGCUAAAAUUUAUAGUUUCACCCUCCCCCAUAUUCAUAGAGAAGGAAAUGUUGUCGCUGAUUCCAUGGAUGCUUUUGGCAUGCUGCAAGAUGGCUUCCGAUGCUGGAGGAAUGUUCAUCUACUACCAAUGGUUACCAAGGAAAUCCUUGAGAGGGAAAGGUUAAGUGCUAAUAAUGUUUAA